GCUGUUAGGUGCCUAUUUUGGCGAAGGUCAGUUUUACCCAAUCAGGCUGAAAUUUCAGAUCAAUCAUGAUGACCGUACUGAUUCGAUUUUUUUUUUGGAUAAUGGUUUGCGUUGCUCGUAUAAAAGAGUUAUUUUUUGGUGAUAUUUUUUCAAUUGUUAAUCGAAAGUGAUUCGUGUACGUAGAUUUACCUGCAUCAAGAUGUUCUUCAACGUGAAAAAAUCGGUUUUAGUUUACUUCUGCGUUGUUAUUGUUGAGGAAUUAUGCCCAGCAUCAGUCUGCGGACAGUUUCCAUAUCCCGGAGUAUUCUACCCUCCUGGACCUCCUUUCACCUCGUCUCCGGCAAUGCACGCUCCGCCACCUCAGUUUCCGUUUCCUUUUCCAUUCUACCCUCCACCUGCUCCAUACGUUUUUGGAUCACAGUGCUUCGCAGCAGAUCCUCGACCAUUAGCCGAACAAUCACAACCCCCUGUCAGAAGCAACGUCAACCUUAAACCUAGAAUUGUGAAGCCUUUGAGGGUACCAGGUUCAAAUCCGAUCAUCUUGCCCAAUCGAGUGGAUUCGAAUAGUCGUCCGAUUAUCAUAUCGACUCGAUCUUCUCGAGCACCUCAUCAGGAGCCCACUUUACUUUCUCCGUUUACGAAUUUGGUCCAUACGUUUUUGAAGUCAUUGGCACCGAGGACUUGCGAUUGUGAUGGUGAUUUCCGAUAAGGAAGAGGAUUCAAGGAGCGUGCGAAUAUUCAUGUUUCAAUUACAAAAUGUACUUAUUUUAAGUAAGCGGAUUAAAUUAUUAUUUUUUGUA